AUGUUUUAUUUCCACUGUCCGCCGCAGCUAGAGGGCACUGCACCCUUUGGCAACCACUCUCCAGGAGAUUUCGAUGAUGGGUUUCUGCGCAGAAAACAGCGCCGGAACCGGACGACGUUUACUCUUCAGCAGCUGGAAGCUCUUGAGGCAGUCUUUGCCCAAACACACUAUCCCGAUGUCUUCACCAGAGAAGAGCUAGCCAUGAAAAUAAACCUCACAGAAGCCAGAGUGCAGGUUUGGUUCCAGAACCGAAGGGCCAAAUGGAGGAAAACGGAGAGAGGGGCUUCCGACCAAGAGCCAGGAGCCAAGGAGCCCAUGGCAGAGGUGACGCCACCGCCCGUGAGAAACAUCAACUCCCCACCCCCGGGGGACCAGGCCCGGAGCAAGAAGGAGGCCCUGGAAGCCCAGCAGAGCCUGGGGAGAACUGUGGGUCCCACCGGACCUUUCUUCCCCUCUUGCUUGCCGGGGACCCUCCUGAACACGGCCACCUAUGCCCAGGCUCUGUCUCAUGUUGCCUCCCUGAAAGGGGGCCCGCUGUGCUCUUGCUGUGUCCCAGACCCUAUGGGGCUGUCUUUCCUUCCCACCUACGGCUGCCAGAGCAACCGCACGGCCAGCGUGGCCGCCUUGCGCAUGAAGGCCCGCGAGCACUCCGAGGCCGUCCUGCAGUCGGCCAAUCUCCUGCCCUCUGCCAGCAGCAGCCCCAGCCCCGCGGCCAAGCCGGCGCCCCCCGAUGGCAGCCAGGACAAGAACCCUCCCUCCAAGGAACACAGUGAGGGGGACAAGAGUGUAUGA